AUGCGUCCAAACUCAGUCGCUGGUCCGCUCUAUCUGCCUGAUCGGGGUAUCCGUUGUCGGGAGACAAAAAAGUACUACGAUGAACUAGGGCGAUAUAAUCCGCCGGUGUUUGCUGUAGUCGAACGAUUCAAGCGCCUUCGUUGGGGUGCGUUUAUUCAUGCUCGACCCGGUCGAAAGAAGCAUUUGUAUCGUAAACCGGAAUUACUACGAGAAAAAUUACAAGAACACAUUCUGACCAAUCGAGCCACAUCAUUCAUGCUAAACAAUAUGUUAAAUGAGGAGUGGCGACUACCAAAAUACUAUCCGGACGAUAUUUACGAACCUUAUCAUCAACGUACCGGUGUACCUUGGGAUUACGGUCUACGAAAACGAAAAUUCUUCCCCUAA